GCUGCAGCCAACAUGUCAUCAAUCAUCAAGCAGCCUUGCAGCUGGCCGCCCGCUUCAAUUGAGCUCGACGCGCAGCGCAGCCACAGUGAGGUAUAUGACGAAGGUUAAUAAUGUCUCCUCCAGAGGUCGGUUGAUAAGUUGCGCAGGAACAAAGGAAAACAAGCUAGGCUCGGCUGUCCUUGUUGGGGUGACAUUUCAGGGCAUAUUGUGAGCAGAGAGAGAGAGCGAGCCGCCUAUACAGAAUACCUACACGGGGACGGACGGGCCCGCAAUGCAAUGCGUCAUCCUUGACUUGACCAAGUUGCCUCGAGGUACACAGCCAUCUGGUUGCCAACUUUGCGCCCAGCCCAAUCGUGCCGUAUAACGCAAACCGCAAGCAAGCCGCAAAAACGCGGAACUCCAAGAACCAUAUCGACGAGUCGCUCCGACCAGGGCUUUGGAGUCGCAGGAGCCAUUCCGCCCCGGUCUGAGAGGAACCCCCGUGAACAUGGCGACUGCAUAUACAGACACAGAUCCAUACACAAACACGGACGACAGUGCUGUCAUCGGGCGGGCCUUGGUCGACUUCGCUCUCCAAGGAAGCUUCCCCGAAGAACAUGUCUCGUCGCGCAACGUCGCCCCAGAACACUUUGCCCCAGCUCUAGAGUCUCUGGCAGCAGCCAAGGCGAAGCUCGAGUCUGACAUCCACCUCAUCAAUCAAGAGACUGCCUCCGACGUGCACUCAUGGGUCACCAACGCCAAAACCCUCGAGGACGACAUCAAUCGAUCACGAGCCUUGGCCAACGAAAUCGUCCGACGCUCCGAAGCCCCGGACGUCUCCGGCCAAACCAUACGAGAAGCAGAGGAGAAGGCCCGGUUCCUACGUCGUGAGGCCACCUACAACCGCCAGGUCCAUGGAGCUCUGACCAGCAUCAAGCGAGUCAACGACCUGCUUGACCAAGUCGAAAAGGCAAGAGACCACCACCGAGUCCUCGAAUCUUUACAUCUGCUCGAGAAGGCAUGGUCCGCCAUGGACGACAUACCCGUCAGCAAGUCAUGCCGUGUUAUGAGAAUACUCGACAUGCGUGCCUUUGAACUCAAAUCGUCUGUCCACCAUGUCUUUGAUCGCCUGUGGAAUUCCCUCGUCCAGGUCGACACCCACCGAGGCCGCAUCGAGAUUCACCAUUCCCGUCAAGGCGAGCCCAUGGAUCUUUCCGAGGCCCUCGUCGGCCUCAAGGCAUACAAGGAAGUGGGCCAAAGGAUGGCUCUCCUAUGGCACGUUGUAGACGACGCUGUCGUCGGACCACGCACAAGCUCUGACAGCACCUCUCUACCAGCAAUAAAAGUCGACGACUCCGCCUUGUACUUGGAUGCACAUACCGAUCGUAGUAUACCUUCACUAUUCUCCGACCUGGAACAAAUCAUGCGCUACCUUUCCAACCAGCUUCCUGAGGAACUAGUUCAAUCCCUGUCCCUUGUCAUGAUGCCAGAUCUCGUCCCACGCCUCAAGACCAUUUGGCUGGACCCCGUCGUCCCAGCAUCCUUGAAAGAUAUCGACGAGUUCCAAGGAGUACUGGCCGUCGUCGGCAACUUCUGCGAUUCUCUCAGGCAGCUGAAUUACAAUGGCUUCGAUGAGUUGCAGGAUUGGGUAAGGAACGCUUCCCGGGUCUGGCUGGACAAAUGCAGGGAGACAGCCCUCGAUUCCGUCAGGCUAAAGCUGGGCCGAGGCCUGGGCGACCCCAAGGAGGUCGAACGUGUGGAGACACAGACGGUCUCGAGGUCAGAAGGUGCAGAGCUCGCGGCAAGCGGUGCUCCCGCCGCAGCCGAUGAUGAAGAUUGGGGUGCCGCCUGGGAUGAUAGUGGCCAUCAUGCCCACCAACAAGGUGCCGAGCAGAACGGUGCUGUCGAUGCCACUAGGACUACAAAUGCGCCCACAAGCGAAGACGAUGGCAGCGAUGCUUGGGGCGCUUGGGGCGAAGACGACGCUACAGGAGAGCAACCCGCUGGAACAUCAACCACAGCCGCGGCGGCGCAACCAGUACAGGAUGACGACGGUGCAGAUGAUUGGGGCGCUUGGGGCGAUGAUGCCGCAGCCGACGAGCCUCUUACACUGCCAUCACCUCAGCAAACUAGAACAACACGACCAGCGGAGCAGCAGACCCGGGAGAUGACCUUGAGAGAAACUUAUAAGAUAUCAUCUAUGCCUGAACCUGUUCUGGCACUCAUCUCCGCCAUCCUAGAAGACGGAGCAUUUUUGGUUCACUCCGAGGGCAACCCGGUUGCAACGGCAGCGGCAGGACUAUUUGGUCUCCCGACCUUUAUACUCGCCAUGUUCCGAGCCAUAUCGCCCCACUAUUAUGCUCUCGACACCUCAGGUGGCGGCAACAUGUUUCUGUACAACGAUGCCACUUAUCUCUCCGAGCGCCUCGCUGACUUGGCAGCCUCCUGGAAGGGUCGUCAUGACCUGACGACCAGGGCAGUCAAUAUGUUGCGGCUUGACAACGACAUAAAGACUUUGAAAGCGUUUGCCGCUCGCGCAUAUUCUGCUGAGAUGACCACACAGCGCACAAUUGUUCGUGAUCUGCUGGGCGGUGCGCAGAACGUAUUGCAACAGGACGGUGACACUUCUGAAAUGGCCAUGCAAGUUGACGCUGCUACGUCGAGAAUCCGUACCGUCGCGACCACGUGGUCUAGCAUUCUAUCGAAAUCAGCGUGGUGCCAAGCUGUCGGCUCUUUGGUGGACAGCCUGGCUGCAAAAAUCAUCCUAGAUGUCAUGGACUUGUCGGGUAUCGGGCAGGACUCCGCUUUCAACAUCGCCAGCUUGAUCGCAAAGAUAACGCAGUUAGAUGACCUGUUCCCGCUUGGCCCGAACGAGGUACCAACCACAAGUCAGUAUGUACAAAACUGGCUGCGCCUUCAGUUCCUUUCCGAGUUUCUUCAGAGUAACCUCAACGAGGUCAAAUACCUUUGGAUGGAAAGUGAUCUCAGCAUCUACUUCACCGUUGACGAGGUAAUUGAUUUGAUUGGACUUAGUUUUGCAGACAGCCCGAGAACAAGAGAAACCACUAGGGAAAUCAGACAUAAUCCGCAGCCCAAGGCUUGA